CCCCCUUUUCGCCUCUCAUUCCUCCGUUUCCUUUCGCUCUUACUGACUCUUCUGUAGGCCAAUGAGCCGGGCCCAAAAGACCACAUUUCUAACAUAACUUGUCUUCCUCGGCUUGUACGUGUUUGUAUUAUCUUGGCCAUCUUUCCCCACUCUGAGCCUAGCACGGCAGCCAGCUCAUGGUUUUCAUCCUAAAAGGAACCCUUAUUAAGAGAUCAUCUUCCCCCUCCGCAUUACUGAAGGAAGAAACAGGCCUGUUGCUCAACAUCACACAGACUUGACCAGGUUUCAUCAGGGUCAUCAGCAGCUCUCUCCACAAACAAAGGGGCCCCUAGCUAGGCAGAAGAUAAUGGCCAUGCAUAGGAUCCAAUCAUUGCUGCUGCUGUUGGCUUUGCUUGGCCUAUGGCUGGCGCAGCCUUCUUCUGGCCAGAGUCGGAGGUACCAACAGUUCCUGCGACAGCAUGUGGAUCCUUAUAGCGAAGGUGGUGAUGCUACAUACUGCACCCAGAUGAUGCACAAGAGGCGGAUGACUGAGCCAAGAUGCAAGCCCGUUAACACCUUCAUCCAUGAGGACAUCUGGAACAUCAACAGUAUCUGCCGUACCACUAACAUCAAAUGCAAGAAUGGCCAAAUGAACUGCCAUGAAGGCAUUAUGAAGAUCACAGACUGCAGAGUGACAGGUGGCUCCACUUCCCCAAACUGUAGGUACCGGGCCAUGUCCAGAAUCAGGCAUGUUACCAUUGCCUGUGAGAAUUUAGAGCCUGUGCACUUUGAUGGGUAAGACUCAUCCUGCUGGCUCCAUCCUCAGCCUCAGUUCCCACUUUCUUAUUAUCUGCUGUUGAAAGAUGGGCACUGUCCUGGACCCUAUUCCCUGAUAUACUUUGCUUAUUCUCCUAUAACCAGUCCAUAACUUUGCAUACUUUGACCCUGAAGGAAGAGAAACAAAGCCUGCAAAAGACCUGGGUUAUAGCCCCUAACAAACCUCCUUGUAUGGUUGUGGAAGGGUUAAAUCUUUUUUUUCCUGUCCUCUUGACAGGAGAAAGGAUGAAUAGUGAUACCUUUACAUAUAUAUCAUUUCUUCCUUUCCAAAACAUUUUUAUAUGUCAUUUCAUCAUGUGAUUGUCAUAAUACCCCCAAUAAUACCAGAGGUGUCAAAUACUAGGUCCAUGGGCCACAUGUAGCCUGUAACACUCCUGAGUGUGGACAAAACUGUAAUGACAAAAAUGUAAUUGGGAAAUAUUGAACAAAAUAAAUAAAAAUACAAUAAAACAGAUGAUAGUACAUUUUAAAACUAAGUCAAUAUGAGUCCUGCAGGAUCCUUUUUUAUGAUAUAAUGGCCAUCGUUUCUAUUUGAGUUUGAUACCACUAUUAACAGACUAUAUUGUAUCUAAAGUUUUUACUAAGGAUUUUUUAAGCUUCAUAACAACCUAAUUAGGCAUCAUUCCCAUCCCUAUUUUAUGGCUCAGGAAACUGAAGCUGAGAGAAAGUGCCUUGUCCAUGGUCACACAAAUACUUGGAGGCAGAAUUUGAAUCCUGGUCCCUCUUGACUUUAAGUGUAGACCUUUUUAUACCAUGGACCCUAGGAAUAUUAUUAUUCUCACUUGAAAGAUGGAGAACCUGACACCUACAGUGGUCAAAAGGCUAGUUAGUGGUGGUUUAGCCAAGCAUAGACUAUAGAUCUGCUAGCUUGCAAGCUCAUUCCCUCUUUACUAUUAUACUGAGACAAGCAUUAGAAUGCUGGUUCUUCUUGGUAGCCAAAGAAAACUAGUUGUGGUGGGAGGCCUUCAUUAGCUUUGGAGUUGAGACAGUGGAAAGUUUUGGACCCCAUCAAUUUCAAUCUGAACUAGGAUAGAAUCAAACUACCAGACUGAAUUUCCUUUCUUCCUCUUCCCAAGCCUGGGAAUUGCUUUAGUGAGUUAGAAUGAUUUAUUAAAAGAGCAAUAUAAUCUCAAUAUUCUGUUGGAGAUCUUGGCAUGAUUGGAUUUCCCUGUUAUAAAAAACUUUAAUUUGUAA